AUGUGGAAGACCACCACCAGUCUUGCACCUUGUGAGCUCGUCUAUGUUAAGAGGGCAGUCCUUCCUAUUGAAUUUGAGAUCAAGACUCUUUAUACCAUACUACAAUUGGGAAUGAGCCUCUCUGAUGCUUGGAAAGAAUGCAUUGGUCAACUCCACUCUUUGGACGCACUAUGCCAAGAAGCACCAUUUCACACUGAAGUUGUUCAAAAACAAUGUGCUCUAUGGCAUGAUCAUCACAUUCAAAAUAGGUCAUUCCAACCUAGUGACUGGGCACUCUUGUAUGACUCUCGCUUCCAAGACUUCAAGGGGAAGUUUCAAAUACGUUGGUUGGGACCUUAUGAGAUCAAGAAGGUCUAUGAUAAUGGCGUUGUCUAUCUCUGUACAGUGGACUCCGAAAGGAGGGCUCUCCUCGUCAAUGGUCACUGCCUCAAAUUGUACAAAAAAAAUCCUUCAAAAGAAGAUUUCUUUUUGGAUGCAGCCAAUGAACUCAUGAUGAUCCCUUUUGGCCUCCUUCAACAUUGA